GGCCGGAGCCCUCUGCCGCUGCAGGCUGGCGGCGGCGGCGGCGGCGAGGUGACUGCAGGGACAGAGAGUCGUCCUCGCCGGCAGAGACGCGGCGCUACGAGGUGCGCGGGGAGCGAGAGCGGCCCCGUGGCGCCGCGUAAGGCCGGAGCCGGGAGCCGGGAGCCGGGAGCCGGGAGCCGGGAGCCGGGAGCCGGGAGCCGAGAGUCGAGAGCCAGGAGCCGGGAGCAGAAGCCGCCGCGCAGCCCGGCAGGGGAGGGCGCCGCGGGGCGCGAGCAUCCUGCGUCGCGGCCGGGAGGCGGCGGCGGCCCGGCAGGAAGAGACAAAAGCGGCGCGGAGAAGCGAUGCCCGCGCUGUGACCCCGCGCCCCGGCCCGCGCCUCGCCCUCCCGGGGGCGGCGCCCUCCUGAGCCGCAGCGGCCGCGCGCAGCCGGGAGCCAUGGGCAACAUCUCCUCCAACAUCUCGGCCUUCCAGUCCCUGCACAUCGUCAUGCUGGGCCUGGACUCGGCAGGCAAGACCACCGUGCUGUACCGGCUCAAGUUCAACGAGUUCGUGAACACGGUCCCCACCAUCGGCUUCAACACCGAGAAGAUCAAGCUGAGCAACGGCACGGCCAAGGGCAUCAGCUGCCACUUCUGGGACGUGGGUGGCCAGGAGAAACUGCGGCCGCUGUGGAAAUCCUACAGUCGCUGCACGGACGGCAUCAUCUACGUUGUGGACUCGGUAGACGUGGACCGGCUGGAAGAGGCCAAAACCGAGCUGCACAAGGUAACCAAGUUCGCUGAGAACCAGGGCACGCCGCUGCUGGUCAUCGCCAACAAGCAGGACCUGCCCAAGUCGCUGCCGGUGGCGGAGAUCGAGAAGCAGCUGGCGCUGCACGAGCUCAUCCCGGCCACCACCUACCACGUCCAGCCGGCCUGCGCCAUCAUUGGCGAGGGCCUCACCGAGGGCAUGGACAAGCUCUACGAGAUGAUCCUCAAACGCAGGAAGUCCCUCAAGCAGAAGAAGAAGCGGUAAUGCGCCCGGCGGCGAGGGGGAGUCAGCCGGUCCCGGGAGGACCGACGGACGGACGGAUGCGUGGACCAGUAGAGGAUGAAUGGAUGGAUGGAUGGAUGGAUGAGCCGCGCCUGCGAACAAAGGCAGCGAACCAAAGCGACGCUUCGAAUCUGUAAAACGCAGUCCCUGCACCCAUACCUAGAACUGGUGUCUUCACCGGGUGCGGAGUCUCCCGGACCAGCCCUGUGCGCCACCUGCCCCGCCCCCUCCCCGCACCAGCUCAGGGGACCUUUUGUCUGAACGCUGGAGCUUCGGAUGGGGUGGGAGACCAUCGGGCAGUGGUCGUGCGGGUGCUGCCGCGCGCCCUCCGGCCCCAGGUGGAAGGCUGGCUCGGAUGACACAGACAAAAGCGAUUUCUUCCUACUUCGGCGAGGCCUGAAGUUCAGGCUGCCCCGCCCCCGCGGGGGGAGCUCACCUGUGAGUUACCCAAGAAAUGCAGUCCCCAGAACCCUGGGGUCCCCGACUGGGAACAGGUUGGUAACUGGGAGGGCCCCUGGGGGAGGACUGCGCCUUCCGUGCAGAGGCUAUGGAAGCUGAAUACGUUUUAUGUCACGGGGCAGGCCCCUGUUGAAAUUCCAUUUGUCCUGUUCUGGGCCCAAACCACCACCUCGAGGAUCGCAGGGACCAUGCGGCAGGGCAGCCCGGGCGGGGGCGGGGGGCCUCGGCGCUGCUCUGGUGGCUUGGGUGGGAAUCACUGCGAGGACGCCCCCCUCCUGCGGCUUUGUGGUGGCUACAGAAGACUGGUGGUGAGAACUGCUUUGCAGCCUGGAAGGAGACCUCUUCCAGAUGGCUUGGAGCCUGUCCAUGUGUAGGUCAUUAUCACACAAAAAGACCAAUAAAAAUUAAGAGGAAAAAAAAAAAACUGUUGGAGGUGGUGGCAAACGAUGCAUUUACUGUCUGCAGAAUAAAGGUGUUCUAAGGGCAAGACUCAGCAUAAAUGCUGGAUGGGGUGUGUACGCGGGUAUAGGGACUUCUCUGUACUGUGUAAUCGGCAUAAGUACCUAGAUCCAUAUGUGUGGAAUUUUAAAUUCGCUUAGCCUACUGAUUGGUUUGGGUGAGCACGCUAGCUGCAGAUGUGUGCUGAAUUGCAAGAUGGUUUGUUUUUUUUUUUUUUUUUUUUUUUUUUUGGCAAGGGAUGUCUCUUGUAAUACUAACCACGUGGUGAUGGGUUUUCAAACAUGGUUUUAAAACAACUUUUACAAAUGAAUACUCACCUGAGGAAUAAUCACCUUAGGAAAACAGAUUUCUUGGCUCUGCCCUUUUCUAUCCCUUGACACCCCCGCAAGUGGUGACAUGCUCCGAUUUCUAAUUUGGCUUACUGUGGCCUAUAUGGUUUAAGUAUCUCAUUCAAAAUGUCUGGUUAGAGAAUUCGAUGUCAUGCACCCCAAAAAUAAAUAAAACCCCACCUUGUAGCAAAAGCCGACCUCAUUGCAUGGAUUGAGAAGCGGAGGAAAGGCACAAGAAUGAAAUGCUGAAUUCAUUCUAGUGGAAAUUGGCCUCGCAGCCAGCCGGCACUUUGGACAGAUGCAAAGGAGCAGUGCUUGAGAUAAAAGAGCGCGUGACGUCAUGGUCAUGGUGCUCAGGCACUUCACAGUUUACUUGAAAGAGGCUUUGGGAAAUAGAUUAAAAUGAGAGAAGAAUAAAGACAUAUUUUUAAUAAUGUAAUUUUAAAAAUCCUUUAUAAUCAGGACUGAGUCUUGGUUUUGUGGAAUCCCAUCAUUUACCCCUGAAACACAGUAUCAAAAGGGAGACUUAACUGGCUUUGAUUUUUAUUUCCUCUCCGAAUUCCUGUUUUCAGGUAGAAUUCUGACCUCGCCCACCACCCGACGGUUACACAUUUGUUUGCGAAGGAGGCCUAGAGAAUCCCAACGUGGGUAGACUUGGUCAAAUGGCAAGCCCAUGCCUGUCACCCGUGACACUGACAGCUCAAAAACCAGAAGCAGAAAUUCUGGCUUCCUGCUUGAAACCCAAAUCUUUUAGAUUUUUUAAAAAUAAUCUAGCAGCCCAUCUUCCUUUCCUCUUUUGUCGGUGUAUUUGGUACCCCUCCAAUGCUGGUCUUUUUGUAGAAAGUAGUGAAAAUAGCUAAACAGUGAUUUAAAAAAAAAGCCUGCAGGAUUUCAGUUUACAUAUCAAAGGCAACUCACUGACUUCUAAAUGGGCUGGUCCCAUAGUCUGAAGAUUCUGUAUAGAAUUAUUAAAAAUAUCCAUCUUCCUUUAUUUUCUUCACAUGCAACCUUUUCUUAAGCACUUUGACAUUUUGGUAGUUCCACACUAUUGAGAGAAUAAUAUAUUUAUUUUGUGACAUUGCAGAUGCCAAAUACUGUAACCUUCUUGUGCAGACAAUACCUUGGUCCCAGGUCAAGGUUCAAAUCCUGUCCUGCUUCAACGAUGCUGCCAGAUGGUUUUGUUUCAUUUGUGGUUUCAUUUUGGUUUUUGCAUUAUCAGUUUUUAAGGGUGCAGUCAACUGUUAGUAAUUGUGCAGUAAAGUCAAGAGCCCUGUGGUGUAUCAACUCAUGGUUAAAGAGUCUCAGUUGAUUUCUGUCAUGUUUGACUGAAGAAAAACCCACUUCAUCUUUGACCCGAGUCACCUUGGGAGUCCCGGUUGUCAGCCGGUGACUGGCUACACCCUCUGCCCUUCUGUGAUGGGAUGGGUUUCCCGCGGGAAGCUGGCCUCCCCAAGUGAGUUUUAGCAGUGUUUUCUGGUAGGCCCAGGGAGGCCACCCUUGUCUCAACAAUUCCCUUUGCAGUUUCCCUGUUCCGGUGUCAGGACUGUCCCCUGGUUCCAGUUUUCUGUUUUACUGCUGUAAUUCUCUGUCUCUGUCUUUCUUUUGUCUCCAUCCCCUUUUAUAAUGCAUAUAUGAUGCUGUGAACAGAAAUAAAUUAUUUAUACAAUCAA